CUCGAGUUCGUGCCUUUGAAGGAAAAUGAUCCUUCAGAUAGAGAAACGGAAAUUUGGAAAGAACUCCAAGUGACUCGAGUGGCAUUAUCCAGGAUGGAGGAAGAGCUUAGACAAAGUCGAGCAGAUAAAGAUAACUUUUUGAACUCGUUGUCUCGAAUAGCGCAAGGAGAAGGAGUAGACUCUGUGCAGGAAAAAAUCGCUACAGAGUUGCUAGAUAAGGAACAAAAGAUUUCCAAGUUGCAGCAUGUUAUUGAAGAACAACGUGAAAAUGAAAAAUUGAUGGAGCAAAGUAUGACACAGUAUGAGAACCAGCUUGCAGCUCUACGCUUAGAAGUGAAACGUUUACGGAAUUAUGAGGGUUAUGCUAAAGAAGUCCCCUAUCAAGAACUGCAUACCGAGCUAUUGGAUUUACACAUGCAAGUGGAUACACUUUCCCGAGAACGUACUGCGUUGGUAACGGCUGCGGCUUCUCGCGCCCUUAUGUUGGAGCGACAUGAGCGCGCGGCUGACUUGUUCGCGCGGAUGAUUCGUGCCCGUCGGGAACUGUCGGCACUACUCGAUGGUCGCAAAGACCCUCCUCCUCUCGACGAGACUACUCAUUCCGAGGUGUCACGAUCGUUGUCGUCUGUUUGCGCAAGCGCAGCCGACACGUGGACUGCAUUGCGAGCAGAACGCGCGCGCGUCUUGCGGCUGGAGAGCGCGGUGCUCGCGCAGAGCAUGCAGCUGGAGCGCGAGGGACGCGUGCGUACACAGCUCGAGAGACGCAAAACUAUACUAGAGAGAGAAAUCAUGAGAUCAACACUCGAUGGGUCUGCAGAUCCAUCAGUAUUGAAUCCCAUAAAAAAUCCAAGUUUAGUAUUCUCUCAAUCAAUUUUGGUUUGA